CCCAUCCGCAGACGCACGGUGCUGGUCAAUAGGAUGCCAUUACACAAACCCCACGGCCGAGCUCCAGCGUGGAUUACCUUCAAAUCGGAAGGCAUCUGUUGAUGGUCGGUGGGAGAGAUCAUUAGAUCACGUGGGGCGCGUGUCGGCGCCGCGUGAUGGAGACGCAUGACGAUGAAGAAGAAGCCAUGAAGACACGCGGGGCUCCCGCCAAGGAUGCCGUCACGCGCGACGACUCGUUCCCGCCCGGAACUUCUCUGUGAUCCACGAGUGGGAGAUUUGAGCGCGCGUGCGCGUGUCCAUGGUGCUGACCCCGGGCUCCAGGGAUGGUGGAGACGCUGAGUAUCGCCGUCAUCGGUGCUCCCGGAGUGGGCAAAACUUGUAUAAUCCGCCAGUUCAUCUACAACGACUUCUCGGAGGUCUACACGCCGACCCGCAGCAGAUACGUGUACCGACCCUCCGUCAUUCUCAACGGCAGCAUGUACGAGCUGAAGGUGCUGGACGUCCCGCCGAUAUCGUCCUUCCCGUCCAGCUCCAGUCAGGAGUGGCUGGAUUUGCGUUGCAGAGGCGUCCGCAACGCCAACGCCUACAUCCUGGUGUACGACAUCUGCUGCGUGGAGAGCUUUGAAUACGUGAAGAUGAUCAGGCAGCAGAUAGUAGAACACAGGGAAGGCAGCAGCAGCGAAGUGCCCAUCCUGGUGGUGGGCAACAAACGGGAUCUGCAGCGUCAGCGCUUCAUGCCUCGCAGGGCCGUGUCGGUCCUGGUCAAGAAGACCUGGAAGUGCGGCUACGUGGAAUGCUCGGCCAAGUACAACUGGCACGUGGUCCUGCUCUUCAAAGAGCUGCUGGGCAUCGCCGUGGCUCGGGGCCUGCGCCAGAAUCACACCUCUAUCCGUCUGCAGGGGGCGCUGCAGAGGAACCGCUGCACUGUCAUGUAACCCUGGGUCGGGGGGGGGAGGGGCAAAGGACUUCUUCGUGAUCUAAAUGGCUGGAAACAAAAUACCCCGUGGCCUCCUGCUUUACUGAGCUUGAUUUUUUUUCAUAACGAGAUUUAUCCCGAGCUGCGCUGUACACGAUGUCCCUCAUGACCACGAGCCGGUCCCGGCAUUGCAUGGAGGAACCGACCGGAGGGGAAGCAGUUUUUGUGUGAGACUCAAAACGGAGAGGCAGCAAUAUUUGUUGAGUCUUCCUUUGGAUUGCGUCCUAUUCAGCGAGGAGACAACUGAACAAAAAAGAGAUCAUGGCAAGUUGACGUUUCUAGAUCUAGGUCCUUUUUUUCUUUCCUGUCCAUACUGCCCCCAUGAAGAGGUUUCUUUAGACCAGGGCUGUUCAACUGAAUCGUUCUAAGGGCCACUGUUUCAAAAACCUGCUUUCUCCCGUCACUAUUUUGAGAACCAGCAUUCUCUGCAGUGGACAUUUGUUUUUGUGAGCGUUACAAAUUUCGGGGAAAAAAAAAAAUACAAAAGUCCACUGCAGUGGACACUCCGUCUCUUCAGGAUGCGCCGUUUUGUGGACGGUCUUAUUUACGUGUCUCCUCUUCGACAGCGUCUUCUCCCUGUCAUCUUUGUUGUACCGCUGGUUUUUAGCGCUUCCAUAGUGAGUCUAAUGACAGAUAUAAGUUAGAACUGUACACUAUUUUAUAUUAGAAAUGGCAACAGCGAAGAAUGAGUGCCCCACAACAAGAGGAUAGAGAAAAAAAAGGAGCUCAUUGACAACGUCGUCGACACGGACUACAAUGGCGGACGUGCGCAAACUUUUGGGACUUGUGCAGAUCCCAAAUACACAUCAGCAGGUACCAUUAAGUAAAAAAGUUGGUUUUGCAUAAUAAGUCAAGACAAAACGCCAGAUAAUGCCUUCUAAUAGGUGCCAUUUUGGGGUCCUUAUACACACACCAUAACAAUACUCGUAUGUUGAAGCACAGUGCGUCUGACUAUGGUAGUCGUAAUGCUCCAACAAUCCAUCAAGCUGCUUCUUAGUUUACCAAAGUCGUGGUAAAACAUUUUGACGGAUUUUUGAGCGCCGUGUGUAAUGUUCUAUAUUCUCAAUGAAACAGCAAAGUUUUGGUCUUGCUUGUGUACGGGUACUUGCUCGUGUCAUUUAUUGAACAGACGUCAACCUGCUGUCCACACGUAUCUCCUAUGUGUGACUGCCAUCUACUGGUCACACUUGUCAUCACACCAUGUACCAAAUAAAAUUGCUUCGAGGUCGGUAAGCACAACCAGAAUAUUUAGGGCGCCAUGUUAUGAGGUGCACUGUCGAUUUAUGAGAAAAUGAAAUUAUUUUUAAGUGUGCGAAAAAAACGGUACUUAAAUUCUGACAGAAAAAAAUAUAUAAUGCAUGCAAAUUCAGUUCUUAACUCAAUAUUAUUUGAUACAACAAGCAAUUUCAAGCUUUAUUUUUUUUGUCAUUGAAAAACCAUUUUCAAAUUAAAUUCUACACUAGCUAAACUAACAUAUCUGCUCACUUUCCUCUCCAAUUCCAAAGCAAGUCUUCCAUCAGUUUGUUGGUACAUGAUAAUAAUAAUAAUAAUAAUGAAAUCAAAGGGCAAUUUUGUAAGAAAAAAUCAGCCCCUCCAGGAUUUUGCACGCUCUUUUGUGAACGGUAUGACAUAAAAUGCCAUAUUUGGCUGCAGUUCUAAAAAGUGCAGGGAUUAGGCUAAAAUUACAUUUUUUUUUUCUGUCAGAAUUUAAGUACCGUAUUUUUCAGACUAUAAGGCACACUUAAAAAUAAUAUAAUUUUCUCAAAAAUGAGGUGCACUGUCGAUUUUUGAGAAAAAUUUAAUUAUUUGUAAGUGUGCCUUAUAGUCCGAAAAAUACGGUACUUAAAUUCUGACAGAAAAAAAAAUGCAAUGCAUGCAAAUGCAGUUCUUAACGCAAUAUUAUUUGAUACAACAAGCAAUUUCAAGCUUUAUUUUUUUUGUCAUUGAAAAACCAUUUUCAAAUUAAAUUCUAACUAGCUAAACUAAAAUAUCUGCUCACUUUCCUCUCCAAUUCCAAAGCAAGUCUUCCAUCAGUUUGUUGGUACAUGAUAAUAAUAAUAAUGAAAUCAAAGGGCAAUUUUGUAAGAAAAAAAUCAGCCCCUCCAGGAUUUUGCGUGCUUCUUUGUGAACGGUGUGACCUAAAAUGCCAUAUUUUGCUGCAGUUCUAAAAAGUGCAGGGAUUAGGCUAAAAUUAAAUUGUUUUUUUCUGUCAGAAUUUAAGUACCGUAUUUUUCGGACUAUAAGGCACACUUAAAAAUUGUUUCAUUUUCUCAAAAAUGAGGUGUACUGUCGAUUUUUGAGAAAAAUAAAAUUAUUUUUAAGUGUGCCUAAUAGUCCGAAAAAUACGGUACUUAAAUUCUGACAGAAAAAAAAAUGUAAUGCAUGCAAAUGCAGUUCUUAACGCAAUUUUAUUUGAUACAACAAGCAAUUUCAAGCUUUAUUUUUUUGUCAUUGAAACCCUUUUCAAAUUAAAUUCUACACUAGCUAAACUAAAAUAUCUGCUCACUAUCCUUUCUAAUUCCAAAGAAAGUCUUCCAUCAGUUUGUUGGUACAUGAUAAUAAUAAUAAUGAAAUCAAAGGGCAAUUUUGUAAGAAAAAAUCAGCCCCUCCAGGAUUUUGCGCGCUUCUUUGUGAACGGUUUGACCUAAAAUGCCAUAUUUGGCUGCAGUUCUAAAAAGUGCAGGGAUUAGGCUAAAAUGCGAGGCCUAGCAAUAAUUUGCUGGGAUUGUUUGAAUUGUCGUGAAUUGUCGCAAUCACAAUAUUGCAUAAUCCUGGAGGGACUGGCUGAUAUGAAGCGGCCCUCUGAAUGCUUACGUGACUGCGAUGUGGCCCACGAUGAAAAUAAAAUGAAAUGAAUUUGACACCCCCGAGGAGGUUAAAAUGUCAAAAUGCCAAUAUGCUUAUAAUGAUCUAACUUCCUCUAUACACGACACGCUAGUGUUUUUAUUAUAUUGCAUUUAGGGAUGUUCCGAUCAGGGAUUCAAGCUGCCGAUUCCGAUUAUCCAUGCAUUAGAUCGACCGAUACCGAUCAGAUGUAUUAACUGUCAUUUUUCCAAUUUAGUCAUGGUAAGUGCUACUGAUAGUCUACCAACAUCGGCACAAUAUUCAAACGAGUUCCAUUAUAUAAAGGGCGGCGUGGCUCAGAUGGUAGAGCGGCCGUCCAGCACCUUGAGGGUUCCUGGUUCACGGCUUCCGUCUUGUCUCCCAUUGUCUGAAUGCGAAUGAACGUCAGUCUCCUCCAGGGCAGCCGUGGCUACAAAUGUAGCUUACCACCAUCAAUGUGUGAAUGAACGAUGGGUUCUCAGUUCUUACUGUAAAGCGCUUUGUUUAGAAAAGCUCUGUAUAAAUCCAUUAUUAUUAUUCCCUUUUACUACAUACAAUUGUUUGAGCAAAACAAAGUCAUUAGUACACAACGACUAAACCUACCGUACUAGCUACUAAUCACUUAAAUCGAUUAUGUCCUUCAAGUCCUUACUUACUUACAUUUGUAAACAUUAACAAAAUCAAUUAAAAAACAUUAUUUUGAGCAAAUAAAAUAAAUAUCGAUGAUAUACUUAUAUUACCCUUGGUGUCGACACCACCAAUUUAUGAUCAAUCCGCUCUCCUCUUAUAUGUACUGACUGUAACAAUACUGACACACCAUCAGUUUUUGUAUUAUCCUCUCUCUAGACUCGUAUUAAUCUACUUAUUUCCUGUUAAUAAUUGUUUACUUUCUGCUGCAACGUGGUUCCAUCUACACUUCUUAAACUCUCCUGAGUGCUCAUUUCUUCUGUUGUUUCUAAGCAGUUAGCUUAGCUAUUAGCAUGUCUGCUCCUGGCUUGCUCACGGUGUGUACCUAAGAUAUGAAGAAAAUCAGUUUAUUUGCCGGAUUGGCGGUGGUUAUCAGUAACUUAGGGGAGCGGUCCACACUGUGGAUGGAGAUACAUAAUUAGUUGCUCGCGACUAAUUAAAAUAAAUACAAUUUUAUCCAGAGGGGAUUGGUGUUUGUGAUCAGCAUUGAAAGGCAUCAAUGGCAAUCACGUACUUUCUCGGACGAUUGAUCGGCACAUCACUGUUUUGAUUUGCUUUUGCUGAAUUUUUGGAUUGAACUCGGUGGCCUGUUAUGGGAGAGUUAGGGUUUGUCUCAAGAAAUAUUGGUUUUAGGUCAGAGUGACCCCGAUGACAUUCCUGGAACAGAUUUGAACCACCCUGUGGCCUGUUGAAUAGCCCUGGUUUAGACUAAAAGUGUUGUAUAGUUGUCUUGCAGAGUAAAAACACUGCUGCAGUCCCUUAUCAUGAUGUACUUGUAGGGCCAGCACACCCCGACCCAUCCCUUUUUAUCACACACACGCACACACACACACACACACACCCUCAGUGGCGGGUGAAUACAAUAACGCAAGGGACCGGCGGGAGGCUGCAGAACCUGAAAUGAGGCGCUGCAUGCGGGUUUUGUACAGCGUGUGUGUGUGUGCGUGUGUGUGUUCGUGUGUGUGUGUGUGUGUGUGUGUGUGUGUGUGUGUGUGUGUGUGUGUGUGUGUGUGUGUGUGUGUGUGUGUGUGUGUGUGUGUUCUUGUAUUUCCACCCUUCUUGAGACAUCAACAAGGAAAAGUGCCUUCCAUAUGAGGACCGGUGAACAAGUUUGGACAUAAAUCAUGGUCCCAAUACGGAAAACCAUUGCAUCUAAUAGAGAGCCAAAUACUAGAUUCUGUGAACAUUGCUCCAAAGUCAGGAUUUUUUUUGUUGAUUUAAUGUGCAUACAAAAGUAAACGUUGACAGGUGCAAAGGCAGCAAUAUGUGACAAAACAAGACGGCAGCUAAAGAAGGACUUCCCUAUUCAUCCCCGAAAAAACCCACCAGGUGAACAGCUGAUUUUACGACUUCCGGUGCUGACGUAAGACAACCCGCGUCCCGUAUGUGACCGUAGGAUGAACAAAUACAGUACAGUACUAAGACUAUAGUGGCCAUUAACAGUUAACUUUUACAGCUGGGUUGCCCAAAGUGCGGCACAGGGGCCAUCUGUGGUCCGUGACUCAUUUGUCAUCGGCCUUAAGCACAUUACAAAAAACUAAAAUAUAGAGAUCUCAUUUGCACCCCUGGUGGUGAAAUCUAUCAAAAUUAGGGUGGUCCCAAAAAGGAGGGAUUUUUCAAAUUGACAGUCUGUCGGUUUUAAAAGUGCUCCCCCUCUGGUCAACAAAUUAAAUAACAAGUGUGUAUAAAAAAUUUAAGUGCUCCCCCGCUGACCAACAUAUGAAAUAACAAGUGUGUGUAAAAAAUUGAAA